UGUGUCCCCCGUAGUCCUGUUUUUGCUCCUUGUUACGUGAAGUUUGGAAGACAUUUUGGAUAUUAUUUUGGCUUCAUUGGCUUCAUUGUCGCUUAAAACAAGUAAAAGACUCCUGAGUGGCUCCUGAUGGCGUCGCCUCCUGCUCACAGCCGCCGCAGACCGGACGAGGACGAGGACGACCCGGUGGACCGGAUGAUCACUCGCACCGGCUGUGGAGAGCAGCACUACGCGGUGCAAGAGUGUAUGGCUGAGCACCAGGACUGGAGACUGUGUCAGAAACAGGUCCAAACCUUUAAAGACUGUAUGUCCAGUUUCCAGCAGGCUCGGAAAGAACAACUGAGAAAACAGCUUUCAAAAGACACACAGACUGCCGCCAGCUAAAAGAGAGAAAUGCUACUUGGAUGUACAUGAACAACCUAACAUAUACACUGGAAGUGUUUCUUUCUACUUUGACCCUAAAUUGCAACAAUUGGAGGAUAUAUGGCCUUAGAUAUUCUUCAUUGUGGCCUUAUUGAGCUAUUGCUGUGGAAUAUAUUGUGAUGUGCCACACGGAAGGCAUCAAAUGUUUGUGGCCACAUUUAUGAACUUUGCACUGCAGUACAAUGUCUUUCCGAAUAAAUAGUUCUAAUUGUUAAUGUAAUGAUACAGGUAUCAUGA